AGCAGAAAUUUCUUAAGGCGACAGGCUUGACUGAGCAGCAAGUCUAUGGAUGGUUUUGUCACCGAAGGUUGAAAGACAAGAAGCUUUAUGUUAGCUCUGUAGCUGGAGGGCCGGACCACUCGAGUGGAGUAGUGCAAGAUCAUGGCAGCGGGCAUAGGCCAGAUUCUUGCGGCAGUACAAAAGUAGGAGAUAAUAGGAAUUAUUUUACCAAGGAGGUCGAAAGUGGUAGGAUAAUUCUUCCAGAACAUUCAGGUGUGGAACUCACAUUUUCCGGAAACAGCAGAAGUAUAUACAACACAUCGUCUGGGAGUAGUUCUUCAUUGAGGAGCCUGCCUGGCCAUAAUAUAGUAAAGCCCGCUUAUAUGGCCACUUCCCGGUACUUACUGCCGAAAUCUCCUCUGGAUGCGCCUGUUGCAAAACCUAGGUCAGGCCCUUCAGGUUACUUAAAGCUGAAGCACCCGUCUGAAAACCCUGCGAUAACUGCUGUCAAGAAACAGCUGGGAAGCCUCUACACGGAGGAUGGUCCACCGCUUGGUGUCGAUUUUGACAGUCUUCCUCCUGGUUCCUUCACAUCAAAACAGGUUCAAGUUGAUGAAAACUACGGCAUUACAUGCGCCAAUGUUUUUUGGGGGAGUCCAUUAUACACUCAAAUAAAAAGAAAUUCAUUUUCUUGCGAAAUCGAUGUCUUUUCACCUGCUCCAAGUGGUAUUUUGAAUCUCCACCAGCAGCUCAAGUUUGGAAAGGGAUUCGAGAUCGGCUCCAGCAGGCCAUCACUUGGAUUGAAAAGGGAUAGAGCAAGUUUUAAGGUCCCUCAAGGAUCGGAUGGGCUGGACAUCGUCCAGAACCAAAAAUUCAAGCAGAACUCUUCCCCUGGUUACUAUUCCGAUAGAUUGCUCGAAAUGUCUACCAAAGGUGUCCCUGGUGCCGACAGUAGAGAUGAUUUCGCAAUGAGGUACAGACAUGGUGUUGCAGGGAUCUAGUUUUUCUAAAGCAAGCCGAAAGAAAUUGCAGGGAGAAUAUAUUGAACAUCUUUCAACCACCACCUGCACAAAUGAAUGCGACAAUGUCUGGACUCUCGCACUUCCGCGCAGAGGGAGUGCAAAGGGUGCAAGGAUAGACAAAACCGGUGGCAGCAAGGUCGAGAUUCCCAAGAAGAACGAUAUCUCUGCUUCUAAAAGGCCUCUGGAAGGACUUCCUCCUCCUCCGCAGCAGCCAUUGGUAAAGAACAAUCUGUGGCACCCGACUGCGACGCAACCGAUCAAGCCAUAAGGUCUGGUGGCGAGCCCGGGAUGGGAGGUAGUGUUAGUGAUGGAAAGGAGGCGAAAAGUGGAGCAGAGACAAGUUCUUCUGUGGAGUAAAGAACUCCAAAAAUUGGCCUAAGCAGCAACAGAUCUCCUCCUCUUUAAGGUGAGGUUUUGAACAGAGUUUAGUUUUUGGUAUACCGAUAAUUUCGGUACAGUAUAGAUAUUGUACUGAAAUUUUUGACGGUAUCGGUACCGAUAUUACUUUUAUUAAAUAAUUUAAUUAUUAAUAUAAAUAAUAAUUAUUAAUUUUUUAAAUCAUAACAAAAAAAAUAUGUAGACUACUGAAAAUUUAUUGAUUUUUUCAUAAUAUUUUUAGGCGGAGAACGGUGAUAUUUAUUAAAUUUUUUUUAAUUAUUUUAAAAUUUAAAAUUAUAAUUUUCGGUAUAUACGAUAAUUUUCGGUAUAAGCUGCAUAUAUCGCUACCGUACCGAAAUUAAAAUUUUCGUUAUAAACGGUAUAUAUCGAUACCGUACCGGUAUGUAUUCUGGUCAUACCGAAAAGUUAGGUACGGUAUCAAUAUCGAUUGGUAUUUUCGGUAAAAUACCAUCCAUAGGUUGGACUUUUAUUUUGCAACUUCUAUUUGAUUAAUAUACUCCGUUCAAAUACAAUAGUCUUGUUUACCAUUUUUGUCCGUUUCAAAAUAAUAGUCUUAUUUUCAUAACUAACCAUAUCACCGUAAAAUUACUCUUAUUUUUUCAUUUUUAUUACACAAUUGUCACUACUUUU